GUGAACCUCCUCUCGAGACUAAAUACAAACACAUGGCCUGACUGUUGAAAUUAUUGGGAGUGCAUUAUGUCUGUGUCUUUGCAUUUCAUUUUGAAAUAUAACAUAAGAAUUUAGGUGUUUGAGUAGAGAAGGUAAGUGCGUGCUUUUCUGAUAUUACUUGAUAUUAUAUGUGAUGUACACACCUUUAAGUUAUGUGAUUCACCCAAUAUAAACGUUUGGUAUAAAAUGUCUUCAAAGCUCUAUGCAGAGUCAAGCGUUCGAUAACUAUGAUUUGUUUAUGUAUAUUAUGAUGCGACAUGAUUGUGUAACCUAAAGUGAGCAUCACUGUUCUUCUCUCUAUCUUUCUCGCUGUCUUUCUCUUUCGCUCCCACUCUCCUCCUCCUCGAACACCGGGGGCGUGGAAGUUCGAACUUGAUUCUGAACGUUUAAACACUCGACUUUAUUGUACAGAUUAUAUUUUCAAGCAGUUGAAAGGCUAAGGGUACAAGAUGACUUCCUACAUGGACAGAGGUGAAAAGCACGACCACGGCAAGUUCGUCUGUUUCGACCACAUCACAUUCUGGGUUGGAAAUGCCAAACAGGCAGCAUCUUACUAUUGUAACAAGCUUGGAUUUGAACCGUUGGCCUAUCGGGGUUUGGAGACAGGCUGCCGUGAUGUGGUGUCCCAUGUGGUCAAACAAGACAAGAUUAUUUAUGUAUUCGCAUCCGCCCUCAAUCCUGGAAACAAAGAAAUGGGGGAGCAUUUGGUCAAACAUGGGGAUGGAGCCAAGGACAUUGCAUUCACUGUGGAGAACUGUGAUUACCUUGUGCAGAAAGCCAGAGAGCGUGGUGCCAUCAUAGUGAAAGAGCCGUAUGUACUGGAGGACAAAUAUGGCAGGGUAAAACUAGCUGUUCUCCAGACGUAUGGGGACACCACACACACAUUUGUGGAGAGGACUGCCUACAAUGGGCUGUUCCUCCCAGGGUUCCAUACUCCUCUCCACCGGGACCCCUUGUUGGCCAAGCUACCCAGUGGAUUACUGAACUUCAUUGACCAUGUUGUGGGGAACCAGCCGGAUGAUGAGAUGGUGCCUGUAGUGGAUUGGUACCAGAAAAACCUGCUCUUCCACCGGUUCUGGUCAGUAGACGACAAGCAGCUGCAGACAGACUUCAGUGCACUGCGCUCCAUUGUUGUGGCCAAUUAUGAAGAGACAGUGAAGAUGCCCAUUAAUGAGCCAGCCAUGGGUAAACGCAAGUCCCAGAUCCAGGAGUAUGUGGAGUACUAUGGUGGCCCAGGUGUCCAGCACAUCGCCAUGAACACAUCAGACAUCAUCACCGCAAUCCGUAACCUGAAGGAACGUGGCAUGGAGUUCAUGUGUGUGCCUGACACCUACUACCAGCUGCUAAGAAAGAAUCUCCAACAAUCGCAAGUCAGGGUCACUGAGGACCUGGACAUUCUGGAGGAGCUGAAGAUCUUAGUGGAUUUUGAUGACAAUGGCUACCUGCUCCAGAUCUUCACCAAGCCUGUUCAGGACCGUCCCACGGUGUUCCUGGAGGUCAUUCAGAGACACAACCAUCAGGGCUUUGGUGCAGGCAACUUCAAGGCUCUUUUCGAGGCCAUCGAGGCAGACCAGAACGCUAGAGGGAACUUGACUAUCCUGACCCCUAAUGGCGUGUCUAACCAAAUUUGAAGUAUUUCUCUGAUUUACACGAUUGAUAUAAUGUCCAUCAUCUCUGAAGCUUACAUUUAAUUCAGAAAUAUUGAAAAUAAUUUGUUCAACAAUUUAUAUCUGAGGUGAACCAGAAUCUAGUUGAAUGACUUUGAUGGAUAAAUUGCUGCUCUAUGCACACACUAUUCAAAUUUAAAUUAUGAUUGACAUGCCUUCUGGAAUCAAACGUAGGAAUGAUUGUUAACUAUUCAAAUAAUAUAGUGAUGCUAAAAUAACAUAAAAAAUAUUUUUCACUUGAUGCCAAUUUUAAAUACAGUGAUUUCAGAAAGUAUUCAUACCCCUUGACUUAUUCCACAUUUUGUUGUGUUACAACCUGAAUUCAAAAUAUUUAUUUUUUACAUUUGUCACCCGUCUACACACAAUACCAUAUAAUGACAAAGUGAAAACAUGUUUUUAGACAUUUUUGAAAAUGUAUUAAAAAUGAAACAGAAAUAUCAAAUUUACAUAAGAAUGUUAGAAUCACAUUUGGCAGCGAUUACAGCUGUGAGUAUUUUUGGGUCUCUAAGAGCUUUGCACAACUGGAUUGUACAAUAUUUGCAUAUUAUUAUUUUUUUAAUUCUUCAACCUCUAUCAAGUUGGUUGUUGAUCACUGCUAGACAGCCAUUUUCAAGUCUUGCCAUAGAUUUUCAAGUAAAUUUUAAGUCAAAACUGUAACUAAGUCACUCAAUGUUCAAUGUUGUCUAGGUAAGCAACUCCAGUGUAUAUUUGGCAUUGUUUUUUAGGUUAUUGUCCUGCUGAAAGGUGAAUUUGUCUCCCAGUGUCUGUUGGAAAGCAGACUGAACCAGAUUUUCCUCUAGGAUUUUGCCUAUGCUUAGCUCUAUUACGUUCCCUUUUAUCUUAAAAAACUCCCUAGUCCUUGCUGAUGACAAGCAUACUCAUAACAUGAUGCAUCCACCACCAUGCUUGAAAAUGUGAAGAGUGGUACUCAGUGAUGUGUUGGAUUUGCCCCAAACAUAACGCUUUGUAUUCAGGACAUAAAGUACAUUUCUUUGCUACAUUUUUUACAGUUUUACUUUAGUGCUUCAUUGCAAACAUGAUGCAUGUUUUGGAAUAUUUAUAUUUUGUGCAGGCUUCCUUCUUUUCACUCUGUCAUUUAGGUUAGUAUUGUGGAGUAACUACAAUGUUGUUGAUCCAUCCUCAGUCCUAUCACAGCCAUUAAACUCUGUAACUGUUUUAAAGUCACCAUUGGCCUCAUGGUUAGGUAAGACGCCUGUAUCUUUGUAGUGACUGGGUGUAUUGAUACACCAUCCAAAGUGUAAUUAAUAACUUCACCAUGCUCAAAGGGAUAUUCAAUGUCUGCUUUUUUUGUUUUGUUUUUACCCAUCUACCAAAAGUUGCCCUUCUUUGCGACACAUUGGGGAAAAAACCUGGUCUUUGUGGUUGAAUCUGUGUUUGAAAUUCACUGCUCGACUGAGGAACCUUACAGAUAAUAGUAUGUGAGAGAUGACGUAGUCAUUUAAAAGUCAUGUUAAACACUAUUAUUGCACAAAGACUGAGGCCAUGCAACUUACUAUGUGACUUCUUAAGCAAAUUUCUACUCCUGAACAUAUUUAGGCUUGCCAUAACAAAUGGGUUGAAUACUUAUUGACUCAAAACAUUUCAGCUUUACAUUUUUAAUACAUUUGUAAACAUUUCAAAAAACAUAAUUCCACUUUGACAUUAUGGGGCAUUGUGUGUGGCCAGUGACACAAAAUCUCAAUGUAAUAAAUUCAGGCUGUAACGCAACAAAAUGUGGAAAAAGUCAAGGAGUGUGACAACUUUCCAAAGGCUGUGUAUUUGUUUUUGGCUUUGAUAGUCACAAAAACACAUUUUUGUGACUAUCAAAGUAUGAUGAUGUUGAUGUACAAUCCAAAGCAACAGCAAAAGAGCAGACAACGUCAUUAGAUUUGAGCCAGCUAUGUUAUCAAAUCUGGUAUUAACAAGCAAUUUUUAAGUAUGACAUUAACUCUGUUGUCUUAGCUUCACAUUGUCUUAUUUGCCUUCUGAAAAAAAAAUCAUAUUUAAGUGGAAGGAAGUAAUAAACCACAACAUAUGACUCAAUAAGAUGCACAAUGACAACAUGUCAGUUUAUUGUAUCCUUUCCAUGAACUAAAAGUCAUUUUUACACUUGUUCAUUUUGAUUCCCCCAAUUGCUUUCGUUUACUUUGGAUACUUUCAGCAUACAUUUUUAAGUGUGUGUAAUAAAAAAUGCAACUGCAUUGUGA